AUGGCGGUGGCUGUCAGUUUGGCGUCACUAGCCGACUUCAAACUUGACAGCUAUGAAUUGGUACCGAUGCGAAAUGUAACGUUUGUCAUAUUCCUACUGGCUAUUACUUCAGUCUUUGCUGCACCAGCUGCUGACUCUAGCAAUGAACAGAAGGACAACAAAGUCGUUGAACUCAAGGGAGAAGACGUUGAAAAGUCAUUCCGUCCUUCAAGGGAUGACAUCUUAUUUGACGGCACGGAAGAUGCUGAAGAUAGAGACUACUAUAGCCAGGAUGGAUACUAUAGAGUGGAUUUCUACGGCAUGGACGACUUUGAUGGGGACUACUUUGACAUGGACUUUGACAUGGACUUUGAUGGCAGCAAGUUCUAUGAUGACGAUAGAUAUCCUGGGGAGGUCGACUAUGAAGACGAUUUUGGAUAUCUUAAAGAUCCUUUCGAAGCACAUGAAGGAGUCCAUGUGAAGCACAUUACGUGCCCUGCAAACCAUAAGGUCCUCUAUCUCACAAUGGUAGUUGAUAAUUUGUCGGAAUUGGGCGGCCCAGACAGCAAGGUAGUGCCCAACAUGCGAAUGCAUGGUACCAGACUCUUCGGUCAUCACGAAACAAUUCUUCUUCGACGGUGUUUGGACUACUACACCUUACGCUUGGCCCUGGUCAUCUCCAGCGACGUUACUCAGUCAACUGUAUGUGCGAAGGUCGUUGCGCGCCAUGCACAGACUCUUCGUAAACUAUCUAUAAACUCUCCUGUAGUUUUGAAUCCCUUACCCACGCAUCCAAUCCCAAAUCUCGAAGACCUACAUUUGGCUCAACCACAAAGAACAGAGCGCUCCGUCCCAUAUCUAGCGCACGAUGAUGGAAUAUGGGCCGUGGCAUGGUCGAAAACCAGUAACAAGAUCGUCACAGCAUCAGUCGACGACACAUUAAAGAUUUGGAAUGGAGAUGAUGUGCUGCAGUCACAUACUCUCACUGGCCAUAUGUUGGGUGUUAUAUCUGUGGAUGUGAAUGCUGCUGGCACUCAGGCUGUUUCGUCUGCUCUGGACGGACAUAUCAGGAUAUGGGACUUGCAAACAGGUGCGGCGGUUCGCAAAAUCGAUGCUGGGCCAGUGGAAGCAUGGACAGUCUCAAUAUCACCAGAUGGGCGACACAUUGCCGCUGGAUCACAUCAAGGCAAAAUCAACGUGUGGUCAUUAGAAACCGGAGCUCAACUACACGAAAACGGAUUCGAUUCAGGAACUAGGAAGUUUGCACUUUCUGUCGCUUAUUCACCGUCUGGUCUGUUUCUGGCUUCUGGGAGUGAGACUGGACAGGUGCAUGUGUUUGAUGUUCCGACACAGAGGAUUGUGCAUACUCAUCCAGGACACUCCAUGUCAGUACGUGGCAUUUCCUUCUCAUCGGACUCUAAACUGUUUGCUACUGCAUCCGAUGACAAAAAGGUCAAUGUAUUUGACGUGAGACACGUGAAUCCCAUAGCAACCUUCCAAGGUCACACAUCAUGGGCUCUCAGCGUCGCAUUCGAUCCGAAUGGUAUGCAGUUAGCGUCAGGGUCAAGUGACAAGACAGUGAAAAUAUGGAGCAUGGACACCAAAUCUUGCGAACACACGUUUACAGAGCAUACAGACCAGGUGUGGGGUGUGGCUUAUAAUGAAGAUGGGAGCAAACUGGCGACUGUCUCUGAUGAUAAGACGAUGAUAGUGUAUACUACUGGGAAUCCGAUAGACUAA